ACAACAUUUUCAAGGGACAUGCUAAAAAAAAUACAGCACGCUGUAUUAAUAAUACCAGAGUACGAAGACGAAGAUCCAAACUGCAUGAAUUUCUGAUGUCUUAUCAUCUUUGAAAAACAAUGCAGAAUUUCAAGUUCAAAAUAGAAUCUGACUAGCAACAAAAUCUUAAGAUGUGAUCAUCAUGGAAUACAAAAAUGCUGUAAAAUUGUGCUGGUAAAAAUUAAACAGGAUACCUCUGUAGGAUGGCACUGAAUCGAUUAUGUAUUCCUUGGUCUAAGGUGCCUCGAUGUUCCGCAAUAUAUAACUGUUUACUUGCAAAUCAAACAUGCCAGCAAUAUCAAACAUGUGAAAAAUCAUUUUCCAGAUUUUUAACAAAAUCAUCUAAAGUAUUCUCUAACACUGAUUCAGAGAAUUUGGUUGAAAAUAAAAUUGCUGAUAGCUCAAGUGUUUUAGGACGUCAGUUACUUCACCCUACUGGAAUGACAGAAAUUCUAGCAUGUGAAAGCAGCAAAGCUCUUUUAUCACUUGCUUCAAGGAAAACACAAGAUUGGAAUUUCAAUCCCACUGACCUUGUUCCCAUUUUCAGUCACCUUGAAGAUAUUGUUUAUGAAAAAGAAUUAACUCACCUGUCUUGGCUAUAUGGAGAAAGGAGAAUUGCAUUUCAACAGCUUGUUUAUAACAAGAGAUUACAGACUGAUGUGAAUACUCCACUGCAGGGACCAGAGUUCACACAACUAUUACAUUCUCUCUCAACAAGCAUAGAUCACUUAGAAACAGAACAUUUAACAGAAAUUUUAUCUGCCUUGGCUCAUCUUGGAGUGCCUUUGUCAAAUGUUACGUGUGUUGCCAUUCUUAACCAAAUUUUAGACAAGUCUGCCUCAUUUUGUUGGUCAGAUUUCAGAUUUAUUGUUCCAUUAGUAAUGGAAGGAGCUUUAGGAAAUAGAGAAAUCAUAUUUAACAUGCUUAUUUAUCCCAAAUUUAAUGAACUGAUAAAAAAUAGUGGUUUAGAAGGACAGAGUCGAGAUAUGCUUCUUUCUUUUCAUCCUUUACUCCUUCGAGCUGCAGACAGGUAUCCAGUAGAUAUCAUUAUCAAAUGCAUGAGAAAAAUUGCAUCUUUAACUUCAGAGGAAGUUUUCAAUGAUCAUGAGGUAGCUGUAGACAUGUUUGAUUUGAUGGUUAAUUUUGCAAAGGAUGAUGGUCAUAAGAGUCUUCAUAGCUCUGAUGUGAUGUUUCAGCUUUUUAUCAAGAUCUGUUUAAGGUCUGCUGAGACAAUUGUAGAAAAUAUUGAUGACGUAGAACCAUAUAAUUACAGAACAAUCAGAAAAGGUGUAUGGAUUAUCAAUCAGUGCAUUUUCUUUUACCCAAAACAGUUAACAGACGUAUUUAAUUUACUUGAAACCGCAUUAACCAAAAAAUGUACUGAAUUACUUGAUAGAGAAAAUUUAACUUCAGCAGAAGUCAGCUAUGCAAUUCCUCAUGUUCAGAAUUUAAGAGAAUCUGUACAUAGUGAAAAAAUAGAACAGGUUUUAAGGAAAUGUUUGAAAGAUGCUGAUGGGUAUAUCAUUAGCCAUUUGGCAUACAAUAUUCACAGAGAAAAUGUCAGUAUGGAUUUCCUUUACGACCUGAAUAAUAUUUGUUUAGAAAGGUUAACUGAAAAAUAUGACAAAAAAAUUGUACGGUAUUUAGGUUUCAGUACCAGAAAUGAUAUAGAACCAAUCAGAAAUCAACUUGUAUCCAAACUUCUACAUAUGUUCAAACACAAGACUUACAGUACCACAAUGACCUGUCGACUUGGGGCUUCACUUAUACUGCUUUCACCAGAGAUAGACCCUCCUAAUUUUGUAAUCAAUGACCUUAUACAAGCUAUUCCCAGGGCAGAGGUCAAGGACAUAUUUUUUAUAGCAGUAUGUUUUAGGAAAAUGUUUAGACAAAGAAAAAAAGAGUUUUAUCGAUAUUAUGGAGAUUUAAUGAUGGCAAUAAACAAAUCUGUUUCUACAAAAAUCCAUCAAGGUCGCCAACUUGAUACAUUAACCAGACAUAUCAACAUGAUGAUCUCUUGUGACAUACCUUUGUUAAGAAUGGACAAUGAAGCCAUUAUACAAUUCUCUAGAAUGCUUCCUGAUGUGGCCAGAAACAUGACUCUGCUUGAGUUUGGACAUCUUCUAAGGAGGAUUUCUGUAACAGCUUACUAUAACGAGGAGCUACUUCAUAUACUAGAAAACUAUGUUAUAAAUAACAAAGACAACAUAUUGAUAAAGCAUCUGAUCUAUGUUCUUGGUUAUAUGGAGGAAACAGGAUAUGAAAUCAAAGAGCACAAAUUUGAAUCUGUAUGUUUGGAAAUUCUGGACCGGAGUUUUGAUGAGUUAUCUCAGUAUGAACAAAUUGAUAUAGUCUUAGACCUGUGUACACUACAAAUAUACCCAGAGAAAUACAUCCAUCAUAUAUUCUCUUUGGAAUUCUUCAAGCGGUUAGGCGAUUUUAUAAAUGGUCUAAAAGAUGAGCAAGAAGUGUUAAGGAUAAGGUUAGCGUUGGCCAAUCUAAACAGAACAGUAGUCAUUGAUUGUCCACAGUUUAAUAUUCCUUGGAUCAUGAAAAAGUUUCCACCAGAAUUUAAAGUUGAAAGUACAAAGACAUUUAGACGAAGAAGAUUUGAAGAUUUGGAAUCCGUGAUUCAUUCUGUAUUAGGGAGUGAAGUGUUUUACAAUAGAGCAGAUUUUUUGCCAUACAAUUACAUUGGUGAUUUUGUGUUUUAUUUGGAUAAAGACAGAAGACCUGUGGAAUACAGAAAAGGAAAAUAUUCAAGGGAUCCAUCUUUACAAAGGGUUGUUGUAUUAUUUAUGGAUCAAAGACAUUUCUGCCUGAACAGUCGACGAUUAGUUGGUUCAUUUAAAGCAAAGAUCCGUCAUAUACAGAUGUCAGGUUCUCAUGUUGUAGAGAUUCCUGUAUUUGAAUGGAAUUCCAUGGCACUCUCAUCAAAAGAAUCUAAAGAAAAGUAUCUUAGGACUAAAAUGUUAUCAUUCUGAGGGGAACAAAGUUCAUUCAAGACAAAACAAAGAUUUUUAUAAAAAAAUAA